AUGGAGAAUCCAGCAAAGCGAGGGAAGAGAGCAGUCACCAAGAAGGUGGAAACCAAAGGUCCUUCUACAAAGACUGUCAAAUCCAAGAAGCAAAAGGCUGAAAAAUCUGCCUCUUCGGCUCCAAAGAAAGUCAAGAAAAUGGAGCAGUCAGCAGAUGAGGAAGAAGUAGUUCAGCACAAAGGUUCACCAAGAGGUUCUACACCUCCUCGUUCUCCAACUCCUACUGAACAACUUAACAACAAGGUUGCUACUCCUCCUCCAUCCCCACUGAAGACUACUGUUCAGGUUUCGGUUGCAAUACCAAUUCCUCCAACUCAACCUACUCAACAUACUACUACUGUACCACCACCACCACCAGUUAGCACAAUACCAAUCUGUACAGCUCCAUUACCACCUCCCAUUAUUUCUCAAUCAAUCAUCAUAACUUCACCACUCAUCACAACCACGAACGAAUCUAUAGUAAAAGUCAACGUAUCUGAUACGGGGGCUAAUAGUGAAAUCAAAACCCAUGUUACACCCAAACCUCUUUCACCAUCACCCUCAAGUGAUUCUGCUCCUACUCUCGGUGGUGACAGUUUUGAUUUUGACUCAGCUUAUUUCAGUCCUUAUAGACUUCCCACCGAUGAAGAUGAAGAGGCUCAAGUAACAAGACAACAAGUGCAGAGUCUUGAUGAAAAGCUUGAUCGAUUCCUUGCUUCUUCUUCAAAGUACAAUGAUGUUGUGAUGAAAGCUUUCCUUGAUAUUGUUUUUGAACAGUAUACAGGUGCAAUUGAUAAAUCAACAAAGGCGGUUAAAGCAUCCACAUCGUCCUGCAAGAAAGCUACAACUGAUGUCAUGGAACUUGUUCACACUUCCCAUCUCUUUCUUUAA